UUGCCUCAAAACGGGUGGACAAAAACACAAUGACAUAGCUAAAACCUCUGCCUCUGGUGUACACAGGCGCAGUUGUGUAUUCUGUAGCAUUACGUAUCUUAGCCGUUACACAUUUAAUUUUUAAAACCAGUUUAAUUAUGACGGACCCAAGAAUACGCCAGAUAAAAAUAAAGACGGGAGUCGUGAAACGACUGGCUAAGGAAGAGGUAUUAUACAUAAAAGAGGCAAAACAGCAAGAGGAGAAGAUUGAGCAGUUGAAAGCUGAAUCAGGAGAUGAGUAUGUAAUUAAAAAACAGAUAGAGGUGCUGCAGGAGUCUAAAAUGAUGAUUCCUGACUGUCAUCGCCGUUUAGCCAUGGCUCAUGCUGACCUACAGCAACUUCUGGAAAUGGAGGAGGAUCUGGCAGAGUCGGAGGAAUACAGGGAGGCUAGAAGCAUUUUAGACUCAGUUAAACUGGAUGGAUAAUGUACAAACACAUAGUCACCCAGUCAAAAGUGUCUUUUUUUUUUUUUUAUACCUUUUAAAAUAAAAGUUAACUACUAAACACAUCUGUUGUGUUCAAAUUUACACAAGCAUCAAAUAAACUUUCGAAUUACA